CACCGCGGAGGGCUUAGCCAGCCAGGCCGAGGGAGGGGCGGAGAAGAGGGAGGAGGAGAAGAAAGAAGCGACGGGCAAGCAGGCAGAGGGAUCACCAAAAGCUCCCGAAUCGGAAACUACAUCGGCGGCGCCCGCAAGAGGCUCCGCCGGGGCCGGGAGGGCCGAGCGGCGGAGAGGGAGCAGCCGGCCUCGCCUCCCGCCCUCCGCCGCGGCGAGGGACAGGCCCCGGGAGCGGCCCGGAGCGGCCGGACACCCCCGGCGCCGCGCAGGGGGCUGGCGGGGAGCAUGGAGGAGGAGAGCGGUCGCCACGGCCCCGAGACAGUCGCGGCGCCUUUGGCUGAAGCUAAAGACGCGGCCGAGUCGGAAGCCAAGCAAGAUGGAGGCGAGGGGAGCCGGGCAGCGAGUCCCUCAGCCGGCCCCGAUGUGUACAGAUACAUUAAAGGAGACUUGUUCACCUCCGAGAUCUAUAAAGUAGAAAUACAGAACCUCCCGAAAUACAUCGGGUUUAAUGACGUAAAAAAAUUUCUUGCCAAAUACGGACUCAAUCCGCACAAGAUAAAACUUUUCGGGAAACAGACCUUUGCGUUCGUGACGUUUAAGAGCGAGGAGGAGAGGGACAAAGCUCUGAAGGUUCUCCACGGGGUCCUGUGGAAGAGCCGGCGCUUGAGCGUCAGGCUUGCAAAGCCGAAGGCUGACCCGAUUGCGAAAAAACGGAAGAAGGAGGAAGAGGAGACCGAGAUGAGAGAGGUGAAGCAGCUGGCGCUGUCAAAGCCCGGGGAAGAGGAGCCCCUUAGCAAGCAGAUAGCGGACGUGGUGACCCCGCUGUGGAAGGUGCCCUACGAGGAGCAGCUGGCGAGAAAGAAGCGAGACUGCGAGCAAGUGCUGCAGAAGCUGACAAAGGAAAUAGGAAAUAACAACAGAGCAUUUUUGCCUUGGCUGUUCGUGCAAAAGCAGAAGUAUAAUAAAAUGUGUUGCCCAGUAGAGGGGGUGAAAGCAUCACCAUUACAGACUGAAUAUCGCAACAAGUGUGAGUUCUUGAUUGGGACUGGUGUAAAUCAAGAAGACAAAACCGUGGGUUGUCGUCUUGGCAAAUACAAGGGUGGUACAUGUGCUGUAGUGGAGCCAUUUGACACUAUUCACAUUCCUGCUGUUGCCAAAAAAGUAGUAAAAGCUUUUCAAGACUACAUAAGGUCAACGCCAUACUCAGUUUACAGCCCAGAAACCUACGAAGGCCACUGGAAACAGCUCACAGUCCGUACCAGCAGGAAUGACCACAUUAUGGCAAUUGUUUAUUUUAAUCCUCAGAAAUUAAGUAAAGAAGAGCUAGCUGACCUGAAAAUCUCUCUGGCAAAGUACUUUACAGAAGGGAUGGGAAAGGACAGUGGUGUUACUUCUCUGUACUUUGUGGAAGAAGGCCAAAGAAAAUCUCCCAAUCUAGAAGACUUGCCUUUGGAGCAUGUGGCUGGUGAUAAGUACAUAUAUGAAGAACUUCUUGGCCUGAAAUUUAGAAUUUCCCCUCAUGCAUUUUUUCAAGUAAAUACACGGGCUGCAGAAGUUUUGUAUACUGCCAUUAGGGAGUGGGCCCAGCUGAACCAAGAGAGUACUGUACUUGACAUUUGCUGUGGUACAGGAACUAUUGGCAUUUCUUUCGCAAAGGAAGUAAAGAAAGUUAUUGGAAUUGAACUCUGCCAAGAAGCUGUGCAGGAUGCCAGAGUGAAUGCCCAGAUUAAUGAACUGAAUAACAUUGAAUUUUAUUGUGGGAAGGCUGAAGAUGUUGUUCCUUCCUUAAUUAAUGUAUUAGCUCCGCAGAACCUGAUUACUAUUGUAGAUCCUCCACGAGCAGGACUUCAUUCUAAGGUAAUUCUUGCAAUUAGAAGAGCUGAACAUCUGAAGAAGCUCAUCUAUGUAUCCUGCAAUCCCAGAGCUGCUAUGAAUAACUUUGUGGAUCUUUGCCGGGCCCCCUCCAAUCGAGUCAAAGGAGCCUCUUUCCGUCCAGUUAAAGCAAUGGCUGUGGAUCUCUUCCCUCAAACCAGGCACUGUGAAUUACUGAUAUUCUUUGAACGGGCUGAAUAUGCAAAUGGAAGCUCUGCUGAAGCAAUGCUUGAUGCUACUCCAGUCACACUAGCAGGAUGUGAUUCAGAGUGCUUGGAUAGUACAGAUGCAUCUAACAUUGAUGCAAGCCAGACAACUUCUGUAGAUACAGAUACUGCAUUCAAAGAGAGUGAAUCAACUUAACUCCUGUGAGAUGCUUUCCAGAAAGCUAGUUUUGCUUGUUAACUGCUUCAGUAACAUUGUUUCUCUAACAUCAUGGUAAUAAAUCUCUCUACAACACA